AUGCUCUUUUCGUCCGAACCAGCGCUACAGGCGGCUGCUGCGCAAUAUAGCCAGCAGCCGCCCAAGGGGACUCCAGAGUCCGUCCCGGUGCCGAACUCUGAGCUACCAGGCCGGAGCAAGGUGUAUCGGCACUGGAAGGUCGGCAGCAAGGAGCUACCCAAGACCCUCGAUCCAAAAGUCCGCACAUGCCAUGAUAUGUUCGAGUCUUCCGCCUCGUUAUAUCCAAAACGGCCUUGUCUCGGAUACCGUCCUUGGAUCCCCGCCACUAAGAGCUAUGGACCCUAUGUUUGGAUGGACUAUCAGACCGUGCAGAAGCGACGGGCAGCCAUCGGUGUUGGCCUAGCUGAACUCCACGAGCGCAUCGGGGUCCAGGGUCGAAACUAUGGAGUUGGUCUUUGGUGCCAGAAUCGACCGGAAUGGCAGCUUGUUGAUCUGGCUUGUAUGUCUCAGGGAAUAUUCUCAGUCUCCAUCUAUGAGACCCUUGGUCCAGAAGCUACCGAGUACAUCAUCCAGAAUACUGAGCUUGCCUGUGUGGCCUGUUCCUUGCCACAUGUCCCAACGCUGCUUAAGCUGAAGCCCCGUCUUCCUACCUUGAAGUUCAUCGUAUGUCUUGAAGACCUCGAUUCCGACGAGCCCCAGGGCCACACCAAGCGUGAUAUCCUUAAUCCUAUUGCCAAAGAGCUUGGCGUUACCAUUUAUACUCUCAAGGAAGUUGAGGAGCUAGGAGCAUCUCUUAAUCGCCCUUACACGCUCCCUUCACCGGAUGAUAUUGUCACCAUCAACUAUACUUCCGGUACCACUGGUUUGCCCAAGGGAGUUGUCCUCACCCAUGCAAACGCCGUUGCUGCUGCUUCCUGCUCCCUGAGCGCUUUCCCACAGGGCCCAGGGGACGUCGCUUGCUCCUAUCUACCGCUUGCUCAUAUUUAUGGACGUAUGAUUGAACAAACUCUUCUCUGGGGUGGCGGCCAAAUUGGAUACUUCCACGGAAACAUUCUCGAGCUUGUCGAUGACUUCAAGCUACUGAGGCCGACCGUGCUUGCUUCUGUUCCACGUCUUUACAGCCGUUUCGGCGGAGCUAUCCGUGCCGCGACUGUCGAACAGCCUGGCUUCAAGGGCGCUCUCUCGAGGCAUGUCGUUGCUACCAAAACUACCAAUCUAGUCGACGCCAAACCACAAGACGCCACCUACAAGCAUUCAGUUUAUGACAGGAUCUGGACUAAGAAGGUCGCCGCUGGACUCGGAUUCGACCGCAUGAGAUGUAUGGUCUCUGGCUCAGCACCUCUCGAUGCAUCCCUCCACCAGUUCCUUCGAGUUGCAUUUGGUACCAAUAUUGUCCAGGGAUACGGAUUGACUGAAAGCUACGCCAUUGCCACUUGCCAGGGCAACCAUGACUUGACUGCUGGCCACUGCGGCUCCGUUGCUAUCGCUCAGGAAGCCUGUCUGCUCUCUCUCCCUGAGAUGGACUACUCUGUCGAUGACAAGCCAUAUCCCCGAGGUGAAUUACUGCUUCGUGGAAACACCGUGUUCCGGGAAUACUUUAAGAACCCUGAAGAAACCGCCAAAGCUAUGACGGAAGACGGAUGGUUUCGCACUGGAGAUGUCUGCCAGAUCGAUGAACAUGGCCGAUUCCACAUAAUCGAUCGCCGGAAGAACUUGCUGAAACUUGCGCAGGGCGAAUAUGUAUCUCCCGAGCGCCUCGAGGGCAUCUACCAGAGUUCUUGUCCAUACAUCGCGCAAGCGUUUGUUCAUGGCGAUAGCAUCCAGUCGCAUCUCGUCGCCAUCCUUGGCGUUCAGCCUGACAUCUUUGCUCCCUUUGCCAGCAAAGUGCUGAAGAAGCAGAUUGCGAUGGGCGACACCGAGGCCCUGAAGGCUGCCGCCAGCGAUGAGAAGGUCGUUCUCGCUGUCCUAAGGGAUAUGGAGCAUGCUGCUAGAGUGAACAAGCUCUCGGGCUACGAAAAGGUGAAGAACGUUGCUCUUAUGGUUGAUCCAUUCUCUAUCGACAACGGUCUAUUGACUCCUACCCUAAAAUUGAAGCGUCCUCAGUCCGUCAAGAUGUACCGUGAUAUCUUUGAUAAACUAUAUGCCCAUCUUCCUGACCUCUCAGCAGGAAAGGGGGCUAAGGCUAAAUUGUAA